UCCACCCGAUAUAGGAUUUACUCUUCCGAAUGUUCGGAUGCUUCUCUUGGGAAAAAACCAAUUUUACGGUUCAAUUCCAAGCUCCAUAUCUAAUGCAAGUAAGCUCGAGAGGCUUUCUAUUCCAUUUGGCCAGUUGACCGAUUCAAUACCUCAAGAUUUGGGGAAGUUGAAAAACCUCGUGGAGUUGAAUCUCAGGAGGAACAAGCUUGGAUUUGGGGAAGGGAAUGACCUUGGAUUUCUUUCCCCAUUAGUGAACUGCACGAAACUUGAGGUCCUUGCCUUCUUCAACAACAUUCUCAGUGGGGUUUUGCCAAAUCACAUAACUGAUUUCUCUUCAAACCUCAUUUACCUUCUGAUGGAAGCAAAUAGAAUUUCUGGUAGCAUCCCGAAUGACAUUCAAAAGCUCGAAAACCUGAUCUCGAUUGGCAUGUAGGAGAAUCUCCUUACCGGACCACUCCCGGCCUCCAUUGGGCUUAUGAAGAACCUGUAGGGUUUGUCAAUUUUCGGCAACAAACUUUCAGGGGAAAUUCCUCAAUCCAUUGGUAAUCUUACUUCCUUGGUAGAACUCGGCUUGAAUGAUAAUUCUCUCCAGGGAAACAUACCUUCAACCCUAGGAAACUGUCAGAGUCUUCAGAGGCUCUCUUUGGCAAAUAAUAACCUUUCAGAUACUAUACCUAAAGAGGCCAUUGGUAUUCCUUCCAUAACAGAUUGGUUAGAUUUGUCUGAAAAUAAGCUAACCGGUCCAAUACCGAUAGAAUUAGGAAAAAUGAGACAGAUCACACUUCUAGACUUAUCAGAGAACAGACUAUCAGGAGAGCUACCUAGUUCCCUCGUAAGCUGUGAUAGCUUGGAAUUCUUGUAUCUAAGCGGAAAUCUUUUCGAAGGAUCGAUUCCUUCAUCCUUAAAAAGUCUGAAAGGGAUUCAAGAACUCGAUCUCUUGCGCAACAACUUCACAGGCAAAAUCGCCAGUUUCCUCGGCUCUUACCUUCCUGAAAAAUUUGAAUUUGUCGUUUAAUCAUCUGAAAGGUGAGGUCCCGGAAGGUGGAAUCUUCAAGAACGCGAGUGAAAUAUCAAUUGCAGGAAACAGUAAUCUUUGUGGGGGCCCGGUAGCAUUGCAUCUGCAGAAAUGCACACCCCCAAAAGUUCAUUCCAGGAAGUUGUGGCAACGUUUGUAUUUCAGGAUAUUAACAAUCCUCAUACUUUCAGAUUGAACAUGCGCGAUCUUGGUAUGUUCCAUUCUCAUACUUUAUAGGAAGAAAUCGUUCGAGACGACUCCUAUGGAGGAUGAAAAGAAAUUUCAGAAAAUUACAUAUGCCGAGCUUUCCAGAGCAACAGAUGGCUUCUCUUCAGCUAAACAGAUAGGGACCGGCAGUUACGGUUCAGUAUACAAAGGAUGCAGCGGAGAAUUGGUAGUUGCAGUGAAAGUGUUCGACCUCCAGCAACGCGGAGCUUCAAAGAGCUUUAUAGCCCAAUGCGAAGCGUUAAGAUCGAUCCGGCAUCGGAAUCUCUUGAAGAUAGUCACUUCCUGCUCGAGCAUUGAUUUCGCUGGGAACGAGUUCAAGGCAUUGGUCUACGACUACAUGCCAAAUGGGAGUAUGGAGAAGUGGUUGCAUGUAGAUAAUGCAGAUGACCAGAAUUCUGGCCGGAGGCAACUCAGUUUUGUGCAGAGGGUUAGCAUUGCCAUUGACAUAGCUCAGGCUCUGGACUAUCUCCAUCACCAUGCGGACCCUCCAGUUGUUCACUGUGAUCUUAAGCCGAGCAAUGUCCUCCUAGACAAAGACAUGACCGCUCAUGUCGGCGAUUUCGGAUUAGCGCGGCUCCUCUAUGAUAAGGACCCUCAGAUUCACUCGAGCAUGAGUACUAGUACUGGUGCCUUUAAGGGUACUAUUGGAUAUGUAGCUCCAGAAUAUGGAAUGGCUGGUGAGAUUUCAACUUGGGGGGAUGUGUACAGCUUUGGGAUUCUAGUGAUGGAGAUGUUCACCGGGAAGAAGCCCACUGAUGAGAUGUUCAUGGAAGAUCUCAGCCUCCAUAGCUAUGUGAACAAGGCUAUUCCGGAUGGAGUGACCGAAAUAGUCGGCGUGAAACUACUCGAAGAAGUCUCCCACCAUCAAGACAUCGACAGGGCAACCACUUCGAGAAAGCAAAGCAAAGCUCAAGAGAGCUUGACCUCGAUACUGAAAAUCGGCAUCUUAUGCUCCGCCGAACAGCCCGGAGAACGACUCGACAUGAAGGAGGUCGUCAUGAAGUUACAAUCACUCAGAGAAAUGAUCUAAAAUAUUUGGAUGUGCAAUAAUUUUGGCCGGUCAUGACAAAAGUAACGCUUAGGGUGGGCACCAGAAAUACUUAGGAAGGUAGUAGAUGAAAAACUAAGUUAAAAGAUGUACUAGCUAGUUUUGUAUUAUAUUUCGUCUUAUAAGAAUUACCCAACUCCAAAACGCAUGGUUGGACAAUGAAGUAAUCUUAAAUUUGCAUAGCA